AUGCACCAUAUCCAAGAUAACGCAGGGCUCAGCGUACGCAAUCUACUAAAAGAUGUGAGCCAGAGAUUUGCUGGUCAAGAACUGAGUGCUAUUGAUUAUAUGGAUGAUGGGAGCCCUAUUCAAUUGAAUAUAUCAAUAGACGGGGACAAAGGAGAGGCCAUCUUCGAUUUUGAGGGGACGGGUCCAGAAGUAUAUGGUAUUGCAACAUCAAUGCACCGGAGGCUGGUCACAUACUCAGCGAUCAUUUAUUGCCUGCGAUGCCUUAUUUCAGCAGAUAUCCCAUUGAACCAGGGCUGUUUGAAACCUAUUCACGUUCGAAUUCCUCCUGGAAGUCUCCUAUCCCCCUCGGAAUCAGCUGCCGUGAGUCAACGAGUGACCGACGUCAUUUUGAGGUGCUUCCAGGCUUGCGCUGCGUCACAGGGUGAUACCAACAACCUCACAUUCGGGUUUGGAGGGAAUAUGCCCGGUGAGACGGAAAUGAAAGGGGUUGGUUACUAUGAAACCGUGUUUGAGCGUCGGUACCCUGUGAUCCUCCAAGAGUUCAGUCUUCGACCGAAUUCAGGAGGCAAUGGUCAGCAUCGCGGUGGGGACGGCGUUGUGCGAGAUAUUGAAUUCCGUAUUCCCGUGCAAGUCUCCAUUCUUUCCGAACGAAGAGUCUACCAUCCAUAUGGAUUGGAGGGAGGCGAGGACGCCCAGUGUGGUCAGAACAUCUGGGUGCGUCGCGUGAAGAAGCAAGACGGAAGCUGGGAGACAAGAUAUAUCAACCUCGGUGCGAAGAAUUCCGUUCAGAUGCAAGCAGGGGAGCGCAUCAUUAUCCGUACACCCGGAGGGGGAUGGGGUCAAAUCGGAGACCAGAGCCAGCUUAUCCAAGAGAAAGAUCAUCGUCGUGCUUGGCGGGGAGGUUCUAUUGCCAACAACACCGCGACGCAAGAGGCGAGUAUGUGA